CUCGCUCGCUCGCUCGCGUAGCAGAAGCGAGUCAUCGUCAGUCGUCUACGCGAUUCCGCGGUGUCGCGGUGCCCGAUGGUAUCAUCCCGCGAAUAAGUGGUGCUGCCUGCCUCGAUCCUCGCCUCCCGCGGACGCGCGAACAUCCGGUCGGCCGCUACCAAAAUGGCCGCGCGCUGAGAAAACUCCCCCGGGUUUCCUAGUGCGAUCUGAAACUCUUUUCAGACGGUGCUUGUUCCCACGAGAGUUUAUUCUUUCUCGAUGAUGACGUCGGCGCACCAACGCCUUGGAUAGGAUCCUUCAAUUGCAGGUAGAAAGGAAGAAAAAAAGGAAGAAGCGGAGAACGAAGAGAAAACUGAAAGUUAGAGGAGUCAGAUCGGCCUCACCGAAGUGAGCAGGAACGACUGGACUCGCUCAUGCCGGGCAGGGUGGAAGGACUCAGAAGUAGCAAUAGCAGUAGCAGGCGGAUCUCAGGAGUGUGCGAGCAAAAAUCACUGAUAAAAGACACAGAAACGUAAAGAGUGUGUCAUUUUUUUGCCAGAGACUAUUUUCCCUUGCGAAAACAAGCUUCCACGAAAAAAAUGUCGCUAAGAACGGAACGCUCGACGCUCCUCGCGUCGUUCCUGAUGACGCUGCUGAUGACAUUAAUAACGAUGACGUUCUGGCGAAUUGCUCAUGCUCACGUGGCUCUGACAUUCCCGCCAGCAAGGCAUUACGAUCUGGACUUCCUAGAUAAUGCCAGAACGCCAGCACCGUGCGGCAUGCCACGUGGCCACGUCAAAACAUCGUUACUGGCAGGAAGCAAAUUUAAUGUCACGUGGCACCUCGCCUAUCCACACAGGGGAGGAUUUCGUCUUCAAAUCUUAGACUUUUAUGACAGACCUCUGAUCGACUUGACGCCCACCACAAAAAACAGCGAGUUUGUCGAGGGCGAUGCGACGGCGCAGAGGUAUCCAGUGCAACUGCCGCCAGAUUUCACCUGCACGGACUGCACCAUCAGGUUGCUACGGGAGGCCGAGGAAUGGGGCUCCAGCUACAGAUUUUGGUCGUGCGCUGACAUCGAUAUUCGCGAUAGGGUGGAUUACAAAGAAAACUGUAGCGGUCAUGGACGUCCCCUGGUAGGCAAGUGCAGGUGCGACCGUCUCUAUCACGGUCCGAGGUGCGAAAUUAAGGAGGAGUGUGUGGACGACACGGACUGCGGUAUUCUGGGCACGUGCGUCGACCAUGGUGGCACAACCGUGCCUACCAAGCAGUGCUACUGUGACGCCGGAUGGUUCGGUCCGGGUUGCGCAAAGAGAUCACCGGUGAGAAGCAUCGACGUAAACUUGGAUGUGUAUUCGGUGAAGCGAUUCUCCGACGAUAUUAUAUUCUACUGGCGGAUAUUGAAGGAGAGCAAGGAAUUGGAAGGCAUUCUUGUAGCCAACUCCACAACGUGGAUUGGCAUCGGAUGGAGACCUAGCGAUCUCGGUCCAAGUUGCCGAUCUUUCCCUAUGAUUAAGGAUAUGUUCCCUGAACCACUUCCGCAGCCGGAACCGAAAUCGGAACCCGUCGACAAUUCAACGCCUAAACCGAAACCAGAACCCAAACCGGAACCGGAACCCGGCGUGGAAGGCGAGAAAUCGAUAGCAAAGAGACGAUCGGCGAAGGCAGAUGCUGCGAGUUUCGGAGUAACAUCAUCACCGGAUAUUGAUGUCACUGUACAGACCAGCGUGACCUAUCAAGUUAGCACAAAACAAGGUCGCAAAAGGAGAUCUCCAAAAUCAUCCGCAGCCUCUGCGCUUGGGAAACAGGUCGGCGAAUCCAGCGAUGUUAUCGAGCAGGAAACUACCUCUGAGCUAGAAUCUACUUCUGAGCCAGAACCAAAAUCCGAGCCUGAACCCAGCUCCGAGCCAGAGCCGAAAUCCGAGCCUGAACCCAGCUCUGAGCCACAACCAAAAUCCGAGCCUGAACCUAGCUCUGAACCGGAACCAAAAUCCGAGCCUGAACCUAGCUCUGAACCGGAACCAAAAUCCGAGCCUGAACCUAGCUCUGAACCGGAACCAAAAUCCGAGCCUGAACCUAGCUCUGAACCGGAACCAAAAUCCGAGCCUGAACCUAGCUCCGAACCUGAACCUAGCACCGAGCCGGAACCAAAAUCCGAACCAGAACCUAGCUCCGAGCCGAAAUCUGAACCAGAACCUAUCUCUGAGCCAGAACCGAAAUCUGAGCCGGAACCGAAAUCCGAACCGGAGCCAAAAUCCGAACCGGAGCCUAAAUCCGAGCCGGAGCCAAAAUCCGAACCGGAGCCAAAAUCCGAGCCAGAACCUAGUUCUGAGCCAGAACCAAAAUCCGAACCGGAGCCUAAUUCUGUGCCGGAACCAAAGUCUGAACCAGAACCCAAAUCUGAAACAGAACCCAGUUCGGAACCGGAACCAAGUGUGGGUCCAAAGUCGGGAGCAACGAAAGCAUCGUUGCCGGCGCCAGGACACAAGUACACGCCCAAGCACGACUUCAACCCCAUGGACUGCACGGACAUUAUAAUCGGCACGGCGCGAGGAACGAGUUACAGGAUCGGCGAUUAUUACACGAGGGACAGAUCGACGCCGCGCAAGGACGCGUAUUGGGACGACAAUGGGAGGGACAGCCUGACGGCCGCGUUUGGCUACGAACGGGACGGCGUCACGACGAUACUCUUCCGCAGGAAGUUGGCCACAAACGAGCCGACCGAUCACGAGAUCCGCAAUGGUAAUAUGCAGGUGAUUUGGGCGAAAGGUCAAGAGCCGGGCAAAUACAUACAUCAGCCGGCUAGCGGAAUCGAAAAGGCCAAGGUCGGCGUUAAAGAUUUCUACAAGGUGGACGAGCUCAAAUAUCACGGCCAUGGAAUGCAGAGAGGCGCGGUCACUAUGAAUUUCUUCGAUGAAGUUAAAAGGCCGGAAUUCGCUGGCGGUGUAGUGUCGCAAGAUGGUAUUUGCGGUGGCCAGUGGCGUUAUCCGAGAAAUUGUUCGCCAGAAAAUAACACUUGUGAAUAUGCCAUACAAUGGAUAUACAAGGAUAAAACGGAUCUGAUAACAUUCGUAAUCUCUACGACAAACACCAAUACAUGGACCGGUGUUGGAUUUUCUGAUGACAAUAACAUGUCACAAACCGAUGCCAUACUCGGCUGGGUUGAUAAGACAAAUGGUCGGGCUUUCGUGAUGGACACCUGGAUCAGUGGUUACAACGCACCGUUACUGGAUCCAUCGCAAGACGUAUAUAAUAUCAGCGGCCGCAUGGAGAAUGGCGUAACCACCCUCCAAUUCUCAAGAAAACGUGUAACAAAAGACAUCAAGGAUUUCUCGUUUACGAAUGAUCACUGUUUGUAUAUGAUGUUCCCGGUGAAGGGAGGCAUAUUUAAUCCGAUUAAUAAGAAGAUUCGAAAACAUGACGUGAAACCAGUCGUUUCUUCAGACAGAAUAUGUAUCAAGUCUUGCGGUCAGGAAGAAAUUGAAGAUCAAAGUACGUAUCCACCACCAAGGUUCUAUUAUGAUGUUGAAGUCAAGCUCGUCAGCUUGGGUGACGGAUUUGUGAUUCCCGAAUCCGAUAGUCCCGAUUUUGAAUUAAUCUCGAACAAGAUAUCGGAGAACUUUGAACCGGUCUUCAAGAUGCUUCCGGAUUACUAUCACGUUCAUCUCAACGAGUUACGAAAAGAUAACGAACGGGGAGUGAUUGCGCGCAUGAACCUGAUCAUCGACAGGACCGAGAUUAAGGGUAGAUCGUUAAAACCUGCAGACACCGAUUUAGAAGCGGAAAAAGCAUUGCGCGAGGCAGUCGUAAAAGGUCAAGUCGGUAUAUUCGGCGUCGAUCCGCAGUACUUAGUAGUAAGAACACCCAGAGUAAACGACAUACAGACGGAAGAUGAAAAUGAUCGGCCGCCUUCCGCGACAGACUUAUUUCUGGGUGCAACGAAGUUUUAUAUCGUCGUCGGUUGUGUAGCAGCGUUGCUAGCUCUCGCUCUGCUCCAAGCCAGUUGUACUAUUUACAGGAGCUCAAGGAAACGAGCAACUAAAGAACGUUUGAUUGCCAGUAAUGCCUGGAAGGAUUACGCUUCCGGUGCGAACACAAACUUCGCGUUUGAGGCGUUCGAAACGGAAGAGAAAGCGCCGCCGCCUCCGAUUUCUAGUCUGCCGAGAACUAGGGAGAUGACCAGCAACGGCAUGACUGGCAUGAAUAGUACCGACGCAGUCGAAGGACCCAACAGGAUGGUCGGACCCAGGGCGACUUACAGUCUUCCACGCGCGCCCGGUGCCAGACACUCGGUGCCUAUCCAGCAUGGUUAUUAUACACAAGAUCGCAGGGAUCAUUACGGACGACCCAAGAGCAUGCAGCAUAAUCCAGGCAUAGCAACCCAAGCGAAUCAACCAGACUUCUACUUCAUGCCCAGUCAGCGAAAAUACAGCGGCGAGGUUGUGCGCGUUUAUGUGGAUUACAAUAACCAGCCAAAGUAAUCAAGAGAAAGUUUCAGAUCAAAAAUCGCGAGAAAACGAUUUACUCGCUUCACCGAAGCGAUCUGUACAUAUCCGAGUUGUAGUGACAGAGGUGCGAAAAAAGGACUGCGUAACCCCUGUGCGGUGCUAUUUUAUCUGUUUCUUUUUUCUUUUUCCCCGUGAUUUCUCUCCCCCAAAGAUCCAUCUGAAUCGAGUCGCUGGAUUUAAGACACAGGGAGAGAAAUUAUCCCGUAGGAAGCAUAGAAGUGACGCUUACGACCAAAGAAGAUAUCCAUAGGGCCUGCGCCCUGUAAUUCUGUAUAGAGUGCAUGAACUCUCGUCAAACUUUUGUGCUUUUGCGGUGGAGAAACCGUAUAAUUAUAUAAGUAAAUUUCAUGUAGUAGCCGAAAAUCUGAUAGUUCGAACUGUCCGAGGAUCCCUGGGUCCAAAAUAAAAAGAAUCUUACGAUUUAGCAGUAAGUAUUCGAAAAUUCAAGAAAGAUCCAAGGGCCAUAUAGCUUAACAUGAAGAAAAUAAGACUUGAAAGACCCACGGAUCAAGAAUAAGAAACAGGAUUCAAUAAUCCUGAAAUUCGAAAAUUCAAAGACCGAUAAAAAAACAUGUACCUAAGUUUAUCUCGCUCGAUGCGUCUAUUUUUUCGAUCGCGUAAUAGAAUACCGACACGCUCAAUGGGAUGCAUUUACAUCACUUUAAAGAGCAAGCGAAAACGCGCGUUUGAGCAAUAAAACAUUUGUAUUUUUAAACAAAAAAUGACGCGUCCUAAAUUUCUUUAAUAGAUUACCUUCUUUAAAAUCCUAUUUCCUAUAUUGUUUUACUUAUAUAGUUGGUUUAUCAGUUUUCAGAGAAGCGGUCAUAACGAUAAAAAUAAACAAGCAAAAUAUCUGUGAAACGGUUGCUAAUAAUCGUUAUGGAAUAAAAAUUGUAAUGCCUGUGACAAUGACGACAUUGUGGAUAUAGAGAAUCGUGUUGGUACGGAUUAUAAAUUAUUACAAUAGAAUGAUAAAAUUAACGA